GAGGUGCUUGCGAGAGCACGAACGGCCGGAGUUCAAGGCAUUCUCGUGUGCUCCACUUCACCGUCGGAUAUGCUGCGAGUUAUCCAGCUGCGAGAAGAUCACCCUCAAGAGAUCCAUGCUUGUUUGGGCAUCCACCCUUUGGAUGACAGUUGCGACAUGCAAGCUUGGCAUGUGGCGCGAGACAUGAUCAUGUCGGAACAUCGGCAGCGCGGUCUUGCAGCUCUAGGAGAGCGACUUGACAGAGAGCACGAACCUCCGGCUAGGAUCGGCUUGGACUUCUCACGCCCUCUGCUCAAGCAAAAGGCAGCCUCGAGAGGUAGCAAAGAGGCAGAUGUUCGUGCCGCGCAGAUCAGUCUCUUCAAGGCACACCUUGACUUGGCUCGGGAGCUUGAUCUGCCUGUGAACGUGCACUCGCGCAACGCAGAGAAGGAGGCGGUCGAUAUUCUUACUCGUUAUGAUGAUGUGCGCGGAGUCAUGCACGCGUUUAAAGGGGCUGCGGCUUUGGCAGUCCAAGCCUCCAAAACCGGGCGCUUGUGGUUUUCCUUUCCGCCCUCACUGGUCUACAAGUGGGAGUACCAGGAAGCCGUGAAAGCUUUGCCCUUGGAGCGCCUCCUCCUGGAGACCGACAGCCCAAGCCUUGCAGCUGCAGGGCCGAAGGCACGAAACGAACCGGGUUUCAUUCGAGCUGCCGCAGAGAAGAUGGCAGAGCUCAAGGGCGUGACUCUUGAGGAGGUAGCUUCAGUGACCACGCAGAAUGCUGUGUAUCUCUUCGGCAAAGCUUCGCCGCGUCUUCAGGCAUGUGCAGUACCAGCGGCACCGGAUACUUCGAGUGGGAAAGCUUCACGCUGGCGCAGGGAUGCCAAGGUUCGGGAGGUACCUGCCAGUAGCUGA